AUGAAUUUGUCGACGCUCUUCAACCAUCCGAUGCGUUCCAAAGAAGACGACGUGCGGUCUGCGACGGCGCGCGUUGCCCGUAUCGUACACGACGCGCAGGCGCAAGCGUGGGCCCACGACGUCGGUCUCCGCUUCAUGGACGUGACGUGGGAAGACUGCGCGCGCAGCAAGAACAGCUGCUGGGGGCCGUGCAUCUCGGACAUGACGCUCAUCGUCGAGAACACGCGCAUGCCGGUCCUCCGCGUGCCCAACUUUGCCGACCCGAUCAUGAGCAUUUCAACUCGCAAGAUCUUUGUCACGGUCGGGAACGAGUCGCCGUAUAUUCGCGCGCCCCGAAGCACGAUUUCCCUCCAAGAGUACCUCGAAAACAUCACCAAGUACACGGAGCUGGAGCACAGCUUGUUUGCGCCCGACCACGACGACCACGCGGUGGUGAGCACGCAAGCCAGCUUUUUGCCCAUUGAAACCGAGACCACGGAGUUCCACGUUGGCUUGUACAACUACCAGUCGUCCGUUGAUGACCCGGCCGUGCUCGUCUUGGUGUGCACGGCAGCGGGCACAAGUGCCCAGGUCAUGACGGAGAGCGACGCGAUCUUGUACAGCAACGAGCAGGGUCAAAAGCACACCUUUGUUGCCGAGCGCUUGUCGACACACCGCGCCAAGCGAGGGGUUACGUCGAAUGGUGCCAUGACGGCGCGAGAGGAGGCAUGCAACUACGUCAUGAUUGUGCAGAUCCCGCUCCAGCAAAAGCCGCCGCCGCCAAUGCGCCAGUACAGCAACGUCGCGUCCUGGUCCUGCGAAGAGGAAGAAGAGUGCGCCGUGGGUGGGUUUGCUGCGACGUUCGAGCGGCCCGACGUUGAAGACGCCAUGGUGAGCCUCGGCGAGGCCCUCGGGCCGUUUCCGAAGCUGAGCCAGUUUCGCAGCGUGACCCGCGACGCCCAGUACCCGAUUCGC